ACCGAGAGAGGGGCGGAGACACGGGGUUUAUUUGCAUAGCGGCCCGGCGCGUGCGACGCGGGGAGGCGGCGUUGGCGCCCGGAGCGGGUUCCCAGUUUGAAUCCGCGGCGGCGGCCGCUGCUGGGGCGGGAGCUGCCGCGGAACCCGAGGGCGCAGAAAGGUAUGAAGGAGAGUAGUGCCGCACAUAUCUAGAAUUCCUUGGAGGGGAAGAAACCAAGCACAAAAAUCACUGCUGUUUGAUACGUGAUCUUGGUAUGUGACAUUACUCUGAGAGAUUGACCUAUUCACACAAAUUUUUAAAUUUCUAACAACUUACAUCAAAAUUGCUGUGGAGGAUUUCAACUGAAAACUGCUUUUUAUGAACCACGACUUGAAAGGGCUAAGAUGGAUAGCACAGAGGAACCUCAGAGAAAAGUCUUUAAAGCACGAAAAACAAUGAGAGUAAGUGAUCGGCAGCAACUCGAAGCUGUCUAUAAGGUUAAAGAGGAGCUGUUGAAGACAACUGAAGUGAAACUGUUAAAUGGAAAACAUGAGAAUGGAGAUUCUGAUAUAAAUUCCCAUUUAAGCAAUACAGACUGUACAGAAGACAAGAAAGAAAUUAAUGGUAUGGUUGACUUGUGUGUUAACUCUGAAGAAAGAAGAGCAGCUUGUGAUGAAAUUAAUGAGACCAAAAGCCCUGAAAGUAGGGAAGAAAACAUAGUCAAUGACAUAGAAUCCAAACCUUUAAUGCUGUCUUCAGAAAAUAUUACUCCAGAGCAAGCUAAAGAUACUGACAUUGCAGUAAAAUGUGAGGCUGAAAAUGGAGUUGGUAGCAGUAAAGAUAACUUCCAUGAAGAAAAUAAUAAAAAAGAUCAUUUGGACCAAAGAAAGAAUGAUAUCCCAUUAGAAGGUGAAAGUAAAUCAAUUGGUGAUAUUAGUGACUCUUCUGAACAGAAGGGAGAAACAAAUGACUUACCUGUUAAUACCAGUUCAUCUGGUGAGGGAAGGAGGACUGAAGAUGUAAGUGUUGAAGAGACUGUUGGAGAAGCAGCCAUCUCUAGCAGUAUGGAAGCUGACCUGGAAAAACAAGAAGGCAGUGCAGAACUUCCAGAAACCACUGUUUCGAAGACAAUAGAUGAGCCAAGUGAAAGUAUCUUGGACAAUACUGACUGUAUGGAAACAGAUGACAUUAUUCCAAUUCUGGAAAAACUAGCCCCUGCUGAAGAUGAUCUGAGCUGUUUUGCUAAAAGUUCUCUGCUUCCAGGGGAUGACUCAGUCCCAGAUUUAGAAGAAAAAAUAGACAGUUGUUUGGGUUCACCAUCCAAGCAGGAAAGCAAUGAAAGUCUGCCAAAAGAGGCUUUCUUAGUACUGUCUGAUGAAGAGGAUCCCUGUGAUGAGAAGGAGGAACAUGUUGAAGGGAUACUACCAAACAAGUCAAGUCUUCCAGAAGAGGUGGAGGGGGAGAAAAAAAAGGAGUGUGAAGAUAAAGAGGAAGAGGCCCACAAAGAAGAAGAUAAACAAAUAGAAAAAAGAAUUCCUCAUGAGGAGUUGUAUCUAAUUGUUCCAGGUGAAGCAUCAAAAAGAAAGCGUUCCAAAUCUGAGGACAUGGACAAUGUUCAGUCUAAACAUCGUCGGUACAUGGGAGAAGAUUAUGAAGCAGAACUCCAAGUAAAAAUUACAGCCAGAAAGGAUGUUGACCUAAAAUUACAAAAGAUUAUCCAGAGACUGUUAGAAGAAAAACUUACCGCUUUACAGUGUGCGGUAUUUGACAAGACUCUGGCAGACUUGAAAAACCGAAUGGAGAAAGUAGAAUGCAACAAGAGGCAUAAAAAUGUGCUUACUGAAAUGCAGGCUAAAAUUGCAAGAUUGACAAAGCGGGUUGGAGCAGCCAAGGAGGACUUGAAGAAGAGACAGGAAAAUGUGGCAAAUGCACCUGUAUCUCCAGGGAAGGCAGCCCCUGACACUGCAAACGUGAACAAUGCCACGUAUCGAAAUGCUGGCACAGUGAGGCAAAUGCUGGAGUCAAAGAGGAAUGUAGGAGAGACCACACCAGCAACUUUUCAAGCUCCUGUGAAUCCAGUGCCUGCUUCCAGUCUUGCUGCUUCUCCAGCAGUUGUCAGUGGACAUCCUAAGCUUCAGACUCCAGUGUCCUCCACCAGCUCUUUGACAACAGCAGUGCUUCCCACAGCUAACACGGCUACGGUUGUAGGCACUAACCAAGUGCCCACUGGCAGCACUCAGUCAGUGUCUGUCUCACUGCAGUCUUUGCCCGUAAUCCUGCAUGUACCUGUGGCAGUAUCGUCCCAGACGCCGCUCCUGCAAAGCCACACAGGGACUUUGGUCUCUAACCAGCAGUCAGGCAACGUUGAAUUUAUAUCUGUACAAAACUCAUCUACAGUUGGUAGCCUUACCAAAACUACAGUGUCUUUGGCAUCAACUAACACAACUAAACCAAAUAACAUCCCACAUGUGCCCAGUCCUGGCAUUCAGAGGAACCCUACACCCAGUGCUGGGUCAAUAAGCACAACAUUGGCAGUACAGGCUGUUCCUACUACUCAUCCUGUUGCUCAGACCACAAGGACUUCUUUGCCCACAGUGGGUACUCCAGGACUUUAUAAUGCAGCCACCAGUCGACCGCCCCUACAGAUGAAGAUUCCUCUCACUGCGUUUAAUAGUACAGCUCCUACUGAACCACCCACCAUUGCAGCACCCAAGAUUGAAAACCAGACCAACAGGCCAUCAACAGAUACUUCGGCAAACAAGCGACCUGCUGAGGGAACAACACAGCAGUUGAAACAGGAAGAGACCUCAUCAGAAAAUAAAGACGCAGUAGAAGGAGCACAGACGAAUUUUAACUUCCCUGAGGAUGUCCUCUUUGGCUUGGAGGAAGAGGAAGAGGAUGCUAAGAGCAUCAAAAACACCCACAAGCAGACUGGCUGGGCAGCUAACCUAUUAAAACAGUGGCUGGCCAAAAAUGGCAAGGAUCCUAGCUUUGAAUUGGUCCCAAGCGGGAAGUUCACAGGAAGUGAAACAGGAGGUGUCAUUGAUCUUACACUGGAUGAAGAGGAUGACAGCUGUUCUCAAGAUGGCAAGAAGCAGAAGCAGAACCAGAGCCAGGCACCUGUGACAGGACUGAGCAUACCUACCCAGCCCUUGACUCGACCCCUGCAGCCUUUGCCACCUUUGCAGCCAAGCCCUGUGCAGCAGCCAGGUGUGACAACAAGUGGCCCUUCCCAGACCACCAUCCAUGUAUUACCCACAGCUUCGACAACAGUGAAUGUAACUCAUCGGCCUGUGGCUCCAGCUGUUCCCAAGCUUCCUAUCCCAAGAACCCCUGGUAAUCAUCAGGUGGUCUAUACCACUAUUCCUGCACCACCGGCUCAGAAUCCUGUAAGAGGAGCUGUCAUGACCAGCCCAGGGUUAAGGCCAGUCACCCCACAGACUGGAGGUGUGACCGUGAGAAUGCCUCAGACAACCUACGUGGUGAACAACGGGCUGGCUCUGGGCUCUGGAGCGCCUCAGCUCACGGUGCACCAUCGACCGCCACCAACGCACACUGAGCCACCGCGCCCCAUACAUCCCGCCCCACUUCCAGAGGCACCACAGCCACCACGUCUGCCCCCUGAAGCUGCCAACACUUCUCCACCUCAAAAGCCACAGCUGAAGCUGGCCCGGGUACAGAGCCAGAAUGGGAUUGUGCUGUCAUGGAGUGUGAUGGAGGUGGACCGGAGCUGUGCCACUGUGGACAGUUACCACCUGUAUGCCUACCACGAGGACCCCAGUGCCACCAUGCCCUCGCAGUGGAAGAAGAUCGGGGAGGUGAAGGCGCUGCCGCUGCCCAUGGCGUGCACUCUGACACAGUUCGUGUCCGGCAGCAAAUACUACUUUGCAGUCCGGGCUAAGGAUAUCUAUGGACGCUUCGGACCCUUCUGUGACCCCCAGUCCACAGAUGUGAUCUCUUCCCAGAGCAGUUAAACUAGAGCUCUUUGGACCCUUUAAACCUGUCCUGCUAUCAAGAAUUACCCCAAUUUUGGGAGGAAUUGAUCCCAUGCAUGUAAUUCACCUUUAAAACCACUCUGUGGGAUUAUUUUAGACAGCUGUGUGAUACACUACAUGCAUUCAGAACCAAAAGAAAAAUAAAGUCUGAUCUGCAGCAAGAGAGCCUGUUUUUUCUAAGUAGUUCAUGUCAUUGGCCAUUUGAAAAUUUUUGGUUUCCUUCCAUGACAGGUGUUCUACCUAGGUACCUACUAUCCUUUAUCCAAGAGCAGCAUCCUGAAUGCCUGAGAUUCUGCUUCGAAGUGGAAACAAAAUAGUAAAUUGCAGUUUGUCUGAAGUAAAACAUACACAUCUGUGAUGUUUAUUGAGACAUCAACACAAGGGCAAGAAUGAUCUGCCUCUUGUCCCCCAGCAGUCUGUGAGCAGGCUGUGACAUGAAGGGUGAUACAAGGUCUUUUUUUGUACUGGUACAUUGAGUGAUCUAGUCUUACCUUGCAAACUGUAAUAAGCUCUCUGAGGGGAGGGAAGGGAAUGUGAGUCUGGCCAGGAACUCGUGUAAAUUUGGAGGUGCUGGGAAAAAAAAAUAAUAAAUCAUCCCACAAACCUCCUACCUCUUCUAAGUAAGAAUGCUCCUCUAUUUUCACCAUCCUCCCCUACUCACCCUGGGAGCAUUCCCUGAUCAGAUCUGAAACUGGAUUGUAAAGACUGCAUUCACACUUCUCUACUUCAGACUAUUUCUCUGCCCCUCCCCUCAUACAUCCAUCCCUAUUUUUUAGAUUUAUUUUGUGCCUUAAAGAAUAAUUUCAGAAAUAAAAUGUAGCCAGAUACCUUGUGCUGUUCUUUUAUUUGCUUGGAGUUAUUUUUCCCUUUACCCUUCUAGUCUUUUAUUAGUGCUUCUCAUUUUCCAGGCCUGCAGUAAUUACUAUUUCUGUAAAGACAAGAAAUUGUAACAUCUGCUGAUGGUGAAUUUGUUCUUACCUCCAGUAUCACUCAACCCUUUCCUUACUGUAAUUCUUGAAUAGUUGUUUUUGUCCUGUCCAGAAUAUUGAGUAUACAGACAUUAUUUUCCUCCAGAGAUUUUUCUGGUUCUUUUGGGAAAGCUGUAUGCUGCAAUUCAGCCAAAGAAGAAACCCCUGUGGCACAGUGCCAUGAAAGCUUCUACCUGUUUGCACUUGUUUGGAUGCUCACUGAGUACAAACGGAGGAGCUGGCCUCCCAGUGUGCUUCUCUCUCCCCUUACUUGCCUGCCCCUGCAGAAAGCAAACCACAACCAAGGGCGGUUAGAAGCCAUUUUAGACACUAACCUAAACCGUGUGAGCAACUGCAAAUGUUAAUAAUGCUUUCAUGAUGCUUCUGAGCUGAGAAAAAUUGGUGCAUCUCCUUGGCUGUCAUUGACACAUUAAAUUUGCUUUUUGCAGAACAAUACUGUAACGCACCUGGACAAGAAAGUAGAUGCAAGGUUUUCAUUUUGGCAAUUUUCAGUUGCAUUCCUGCCCAGCAGAACCAAACAGUGGGUUUAGAGGGGAAAGAUUUUUUUUUUAAUCCACUUCACCAUAUAGCAAAGCUGCAGAGUAUAACACUUCUUCAUUUCAAUGCUCUCUCUCAAAACCAACACGUUGAAGUGUGAAGCAAGAUUGAAGUGUCAAGAGAAGUUAAAUCUCCAAACAAGGCAGAUGAAAUACGCUAUGAGAUUAUGGGUUCUGUAGCUGUUGUUCUUUUAGAACCUUUACACUGAAAGAAAUGGCAGUGUAGACCUCUGUCUGGUUUACUGUGCUACUUAACGUAGCUGGGGGUGUCACUUCUCUCGGGUGGAUAUUCUCUGUAUGGAAACUUGCAUUUAAAGGUAUAGCAGUUCCUGCUGAUUUAGGCAAGCAAAAAUUCUGGCUAAAUCCAAGUAUCCUUAGAGAAGGUUCAUGCUGUGUAUGAACAAUGUGUAGCCUUUCCUUUGAACUGCAGUUGUCCCUGUAUUUCUGGUGCUAAUUAUCAAAAAUGCCUUGAACUUUUCUGUGUUUAAGUAAAUGUUUUGUUUGCUUAUUUCAAGGAAUAAUUACUUAAUAAUGCAUUUAGUCUAUUUAUGGAAAUAGACUAAAUUUGAGGUCUUAUAAAGAGCUCUGUAAUAGAGAUUAGAACAGUUCUUUCUAGUUGAUGGCUGUCAAGUCCUUGGACAAUUUUUUGUUAAUGUGUCUUUGAGGUGGUACCAAAGAGCCAUUGGCCGUAUCAGUACUAUGAAGUUUUACGGUUUGAAAGUUAAAAUAAACAUGAGGAUACAAUGUAGAACUUACUUCAUUUAUUUAGUUGUGAUUCCAGCCCAAACUAUAUGUGAGCUUUGUUACAGGUUGAGCUUCCAUUUAGAUAUCCCUUGUUUUUUAGGUUAGUCUCCUUUGGGAUAGGCAGGGAGUGUAAGUCCUGCAUUAGAGUAUUUUCUUUCCUCCAGUGGAGGUAUUAAUAUGGGAUGGUCUGUCAUUCCAUUUGGAGGUUUUGUGGGCUGCAUCAUUAGAGAAAGAAGACUCGUAUCAUGAGCUUGCUAACAAACACGAGUAGUGUUUAAUUCCUUACUUCACAGCAGUUUUUCCCAUGUAGUCGAGUAGCUGAUGGUUUUAUUAUCCUUUAUCUCUCAGAAAUAUUAAAAACUAUUAAGAAACUUUCUGCUAGCAACAAUCAAUCAGAAAUAAUUUGUUUCAUUUACAGACUUUAUUUGAAAGUAUUACCAAAAUAUUUGGCAACAUUCAGUACAGGUGUGUUAAUACUGUGAUUCUAGACUGGUCUCUUCAUUAAUGAAAAAUGUCAAUCGCUGAGGCCGUCCACUUUUAAAUAUGCUAAAAAAAUCUGUAUGGCUUUUAAGUGGAAGUGUUUGGUUUGGUUUCUUCUCUGCACUUAAUGCAAGUUUUUCCAUCUUUCAAUAGCUUGGUGUCCUGACUCGUGUCUGAAUUCUGUGAUUUUGUUUUGCUGCUGCCUCUAAGUACAUGACAUUUCAGCAGUACCACCUUGGACUGAGUUGCCUGUCUUUUAGCAAACAUGGCACUGAUUACAGCUGUGGUUUUUUUCAUCCUCAUUUACUUUUUGGUGUGUUUUAGGUUUGGGUUGUUUUCUCUGUGUGAUACAAGGGCAUUUGUCCAGGUUGAAAGUGAUUUGUGGAGCUGUGGAGUGCUGAUGGCAGAAUGUUGUUCUGCAUUUCUCCUAGUUACAGCUUCACUGGCCUCUUAUGUUGCAGUAUGGCUAAAAAACUUCAUUGGAUACAAAAACAUAAAUGCUAUGAGGGGGCAGACUGCAGGUAUAGCAUCUGUACGGUCUCCAGUGUUGGCUUCAGAAAACACCAGGAUGCAGAUCUCUCAGCUUGUAAUUAUUUCCAUGCUCUAAGCAGCUUCCCUAGGCAUUGGUCUGACAUUGGUCCUUGGAAUUGUUUGUGCUGCCCUUGGCCGCGUUAGAUUACCGAGCACAAGCACUGAGACACCCAUUCCCAAGGUUUUUAGCACAAGGCUGGAAACAUCCAUGGAGUUCUCCCUGUAAAAUUAAGAGGUCUUACCCUGCUUCCUUUGAAAACAAAGGCAAAACCCCUCAGUCUUCACUGGGACCACAACUCAGCUCAGUAGUAGGACCUGAAUAUCAUUUUGUACUGUAACAGAAACAGCCACUUCAGCCCUUCCUGGAUGCUGUUCAUCUUAAAUGUACAGUAAAUAAAAAACAAUAUUAUAUGUAGGGAUAAGUCACAUCUGUUCCUGCUCCUGAGACAGCCAUUUCCCAGGAUGAGUAUUGCAUACACUGUACAAAAGCAAGCUGUGAUUCUGCCUUCUUAUACGCCCUUUGAGUAUUCUCCUUUUGUCAAAAAUAUCUAUGCAGAUAUUUUAAAUAGAAGCAUGAUAUAUUGAAUAUAUAUUUUUUUAAUUUGUUGAAUUGGGUAGGGGUGGGCAUUGUAUGAAAAGACUGUAGGGAGAAGAGAUCAAAUGAGACUAAGCCAGCCCUGCCAUGCAAAUCUAUUCCCUUCCAAACGCCUUCUGAGAGGAGAAGGAAAAAAUUAACAAUAGCUAGGAGAAAGCAAAUCAGUGAUUUUUCUUUUUCAUCCCUUUUAAGUUAAAAAGGCAUCUUGCUCAUUAUCAUUACGCAGGCUGAGCAUUCUUCUCUUUUAUAUACAUAUGUCUAUAUAUGUAUGUAUAGAUGUGUGUGUGUAUAUACACAGACACAUAUAUAUAUAUUUGUACUGCUGUCUUAAAUUAAUAGGGUGCAGCUGUAAAUAAGAUAGCUGAGUAGUAGUUGUUCAGGAAUUCCUGUUCAGCUUUAGUAAUUUAUUGGCUAACGGAAGUCAAACGUGCAAAAUCCUUUGUUGGAAAACUCCAAAUUUGAUUUCUUGUUUUGUUUUCCACCUGGACUUGUAAAUACAAAAGAAAAAAUGUAGGACUGAUUUAAUGUCCAAUUUAAACUGGGCUGUUGCCACUUUCCCUGUUUUUGUAUGUACUGUAGAUUAGUGUGUGUCUGUGUUAACUGUAGUGGGGUUUUGUCUGACAAGCCUGGAAUUUAUACUUUGAAAUAAAACUACUGGGUUUUUAACAGUUUGAGUCAUUUGUGCUUAGUUCCUGACACCUCAGUAGGCAACUCUCUCAAAAAAGAGCCCAGAGCCCAUGCUCCUCCUCAUUACAGGUGUUAC